CUUCCUCACCUUACGGCAAAGCUGAGGACGCUUCCUUAGCUUCUUUUCCCUACUCGAGAGGAAUGUCGCAAGUUUCAGGAAGAAAAUUCUGGGUUUGCGACCGUAGCUCUCGCUUUAUGGCCAAUACAGAGGUUCCUGAAAUCUGGUUGGGGUGGUGAGGCCCGAGGCAGCUUCUGGAGUUUUGGAGCAGCCCUGGUCAGUGAAAGAUGGACCCUGUAGUCUUGAGUUAUAUGGACAGUCUACUGCGGCAAUCAGAUGUCUCACUGUUGGAUCCUCCAAGCUGGCUAAAUGACCAUAUUAUUGGAUUUGCCUUCGAGUACUUUGCCAACAGUCAAUUUCAUGACUGCUCUGACCAAGUCUGCUUCAUCAGCCCUGAAGUCACCCAGUUCAUCAAAUGUACUAGCAACCCAGCGGAGAUCGCCAUGUUCCUUGAACCCCUGGAUCUCCCCCACAAGAGAGUUGUAUUCUUAGCUAUCAAUGAUAACUCCAACCAGGCAGCUGGGGGAACCCACUGGAGUUUGUUGGUUUAUCUCCAAGAUAAAAAUAGCUUUUCUCAUUAUGAUUCCCAUAGCAGGAGCAACUCAAUCCAUGCAAAGCAUGUAGCAGAGAAACUAGAGGCUUUCUUAGGCAGAAAAGGAGACAAACUGGCCUUUGUGGAAGAGAAAGCCCCUGCUCAACAAAACAGCUAUGACUGUGGGAUGUAUGUGAUAUGUAACACUGAGGCCUUGUGUCAGAACUUCUUUAGGCAACAGCCAGAAACACUACUGCAGCUACUCACACCUACGUACAUCACAAAAAAGAGGGGAGAAUGGAAAAAUCUCAUUGCCAGACUUGCUGAAAAUUAGUUAUUAAAGUAUAUUUGUGACUUUUUAAGUCUCCUCUUUCUGCCUGUCCCCAUUUAUUGGAUUGCUGCAAUAUCAGUGCCUGAGGGAAUAUGCCUGGUAGAGAAAAGGUUAGUACUCUUUUUUCCUGAUAGAAUGUCAUUAUCUGCACUACCCCAGUGGAAAGUUUCACUGUAACUCUGACUUGAGAGCAAUAUGUUCUGUGAAAAUAUCUUGAAGUUAUGCACCAAAACCUUAAAACCAACUUUAAUGUUCAUUAUGCAUGAGUUUCAAGAAAGACUUUUCUUCUCCUGUUGGUACAAAAUUAAUUUCCGUGUGGUCUCCCCUAUCGAUAUUGGCCUGUUCCAAAAUAAAAGCAAUGACCUCUAAAUCAAAUUGAGACUAUGUAAAAUCCAAAGGAAUGAAUCUUAGUGAAAAGAGAGAGUGACAACUGAAAUGCAAGAAGAAACUAUAGAAGAACUGAAACCUUGUUACACAAACCAUGUAUUUAAAGAAAUCAAAUGGCUGGAAGCAGAUAAAGACCUCACUUCAUUUAAGACCUAAUUAUUAUGAGAAUCAGUUAUUCAUUUCUGUGAUAUCUCUUCCUUUCAUCGUGCAAAGGCUUCCCCAGCCAUUUGUCUAUUUUUUGCAAAUAUUUGAUAAAGAUGAUGUUAGCCCAUCUUACCCCAUCUGAUUUUUGAAAUGCUUUAAGAAAGGGAGAAUCUUGAGUAACUUCAUUAAAAUAAAUGGCAUGAUA